AUGUUCUGCCCUGACGGAUUGUAUUUUAACCCUAAAACUUUGCAGUGUGAUUGGAAACAAAAUGUCAUUUGCAGUACAGAAAGCUUAAUUGAAAACGAGCAAAUUCCAGAAGAUGCUGAAGUGUAUGAAAAUGAUUCUAGAGAAAUUAACAACUCAAAAGUGGAAGACGACAAUGUUGAAGAUAAUCCCAAUGAAAGGGAGAAAUCAGACAUGGAGUUUUUAGAAAAUGGUUGUCCAGUUGAUUCCAAUGUGCAUUGGCUUUUGCCUCAUGAAAAUGAUUGUAACCUCUUUUACUAUUGUGUUUGGGGAAAGAAAGUACAACAAAAAUGCCCUAGUACCCUACAUUUCAAUAAGAAAUUACAGGUGUGCGAUUGGCCCGAGGACGCCGGAUGCGUGAAGUCUUCAGAAGAAACGUCGGGAGGUGACAGCUCUGAAGCAGACACUUCAGAAGUGGAUGCUUCGGAAGAAGAUACGCCGGAAGUGGACUCGCCGGACAUGGACACUUCGGAAGAGGACACUUCAGAAGUUGAUACGCCGGAAGUGGACAGUUCGAAAGAGGACUCUACGGAAGUAGAGAAUCCGGGAGUGAAUUCUUCGGAACUGGACCCGCUGGAACUUCUGAGUUCUAAGAAAAUUGAGACAGUAGUUGAUGUUAAAAUA